UUUUUCACCCGAGCUGCUCCAGAGCACAGGGCACAGGGCACAGGGCACAUAGUACAGAGUACAUAGUACAUAGUACAGAGUACAUAGUACAGAGUAGAGAGUAGAGUACAGAGCACUGGGGACUAGGGAGGGUACAACAGAGUGUUGCGGGUUCUGGCUUCAGACUGUUUACUUUAGGGUGUUGCUGUGGGUGUCUUCGGGGUGUUUCCUGACUUUUUGGGUGCAACUCACCGUCUGUAGUGCUGCUGUGGGUGUCUUCGGGGUUGCACUGUGUCCUGAUCUUGUCCUGGUGCUGUGGGUGAAUUUGAGAGACUAUGCGGCGGGGGAGAGGUGCACAUGGACACGACUCUCUGAGCGGAUUCCGGACUCAGAGGAGCGAGCCGGCGGUGCCCCAGGGACUGCUGAAGAGCGCCAGGAAGAGCGGGCAGCUCAACCUGAGCUCCCGGGGACUGUACGAGGUCCCACAGAGCGUGUACCGGCUGAACGUGGACCCCCCAGCGGAGGCUCAGGAUGCUGUCUCUUUUGGAGGAUCAGACCGCUGGUGGGAGCAGACUGACCUCACCAAGCUGCUGCUCUCCUCCAACCAGCUCACAGCGCUGUCAGAGGAGCUGCGGCUGCUGCCUGCCCUCACCACACUGGAUCUCCAUGACAACAAGCUGCAGAGCUUACCUCGGGCUAUAGGGGAGCUGCAGGACUUGAGGCAGCUGCGGCUCAGCCAUAACCAGCUGAGUGCUGUGCCUCUGGAGCUCUUCUCUCUCACCCUCCUCAGCAGCCUCACACUGCAGCACAAUCUGCUGGAGAGCCUGCCCCCAGAGCUGGGACUGCUGACCAGCCUCAUCCAGCUGGACUUGUCCAGGAAUCGUCUACAGGAGCUGCCUUGUUCUCUGGGGGAUCUCAGACAUCUACAGAAACUCAACCUGGAGCACAACCAGCUGGGCUCUCUGCCUGACAGUGUGGGCCGCCUCUCUAGCCUGCGGCUGCUGGACUGCAGUGGUAACCAGCUGACCACACUGCCCCCCUCCCUGACACAGAUGGUAUCUCUGGAGCAGCUCUUCCUCCAACAGAACCGACUCACACUGCUCCCUGCUCUGCCCGGGGACUCACUCAAGGAGCUGUAUCUGGCUGAUAACCAGAUCUCUGCGCUGGGCUCGGAGCAGUUGAGUGCCCUGUCCGUGCUCUCUUCUCUGGAGCUGCGAGGAAACAAGGUCAGCAUACUUCCAGAAGGGGCGCUACCGAGCACUCUAAGCCGACUGGACCUCUCUAACAAUGACAUUAGCACACUGCCUCCCUCCCUCGGUCUCCUGUCCAACCUCACUGUGCUACUGCUGGAAGGAAACCCCCUUCGUGGGAUACGCAGGGAGCUACUCACUAAAGGAACUAUGGAACUUCUGAAAUACCUGCGAGGAAGAAUCAAAGAGGAGCCACAGGAUGCCUCAGAGAAGCCCUCUGGUAUGUCUCUGCCCAGCCACUCUGCAGUCGACAUGCACAACAUCUCUGCUCUCAAGCUCCUCCGCUACAGUAACAAACAGGCAGAGUCAGUUCCGGAUGAGCUGUUUGAAGCUGCAGCAGGUCACUGUAUCACCUCAGUCAACUUUAGCAAGAACCAGCUGAGCUCCGCCCCCUCUAGACUGUUGGACCUAGCCUCCUCCCUGUGUGAAGUGGACUUGGGCUUUAACAGAUUGAGCUGCUGUGGUCCAGAGCUCUGUGGCCUGCUCAAGCUGCAGCACCUCGAUCUCAGGAAUAACCUCCUGUGUGAUUUACCUCCGGAGCUCCAGAACCUGACCAAACUGCACAGCAUCAUUCUGAACUUCAACAGGUUCAGGUCCUUCCCGGCCGUGCUGUACGAGCUGACCAAUCUGGAAACAGUGCUGCUGGGAAACAACCAGGUGAGCAGUGUGGACGCGUCCCGCCUACAGGCCCUGGUCCAUCUGUCCACCCUGGACCUGUCCAACAAUGACCUGCUGCACGUGCCCCCCGAGCUGGGCCUCUGCUCUGCUCUCAGGUGUCUGAGUCUGGAGGGGAAUCCAUUCCGAACUCCUCGAGCAGCAAUAGUUGCCAAAGGGACAGAUGCUGUGCUGGAGUACCUGCGCAGCCGCAUCCCCAGCUGACCUGACCUGCAUGCUCUUUAUGAAUGUUUUCUAUCAAUAAAUCUAUGGCUGAUUUAA